AUGGCGUCCAUUGUUCUCUCACCAGUUCCUGCUCCUUCUUCUAGUUCUAGUUCUACUUCCACUGCGCCGAGUGUGGCAUCGCCGGCAACUUCGGUGACGGAGCCUGAAGUUGAAGUUCUAGAAGAGACCUUUCACACUAUUAAUCAUCUGCUGCAAUCGCGAGCCAAAGGACACCAUGGCGAUGACCCCAUUGUCGCCUACCCGUCAUCAGGGACAGACUACACCUACUAUACCCCUCUUCAAUUGAACACAUUCGUCGAAGCAGCUUCAGUUCACUAUGCGAAAUCCAUCCCGCAGCGGCAGUCAUCCGAGGACCCAGUGCAAGUGGUGGGACUGCUGGCCCCCUCGGACUUCGAGUAUCUGAUCACCCUGCUGGCCGUCUCCCGGCUCGGUCACACCGUCCUUCUCCUCUCCACGCGCAUUGCAGAGGAUGCCUAUGUCAGCCUCAUCGAAAACACCAAGGCGACCUUCCUGAUUACAUACUCCAGCUUUCAGACCAUGGGGGAGAAGGUGGCUGAGCGGACGGGCAUCAUUCAGCAGCCAUUGCUGGCGCGCGAGGACUACGACUCACCCUCGACAGCAACCCUCUCCUUGCCCUCGGCUCAUCUGGAUGGCGCCAUCGAGGCCAAGCAUGUCUGCUGGAUUAUUCACUCCAGCGGCUCGACAGGUCAUCCAAAGCCCAUUUACCAAACUCACUCCGGAGCGCUCAGGAACUACGCCAACAACUUUGGCCUCCGCGGGUUCAUCACCCUGCCCCUGUUCCACGCGCACGGCAUCAGCUGCCUCUUCCGGGCUGUGCAUUCGGAGAAGUUGAUCUACAUGUACAACGCCAACUUGCCGCUGACGGCCCCCAACCUGCUGUCCACUUUGGAGGAACAUCCCGAGAUUGAGAUUCUCUACGCAGUGCCGUAUGCGCUCAAGCUACUGUCUGAAUCAGCUGAGGGGCUGCAGAUGAUGGCACGUUUGGAACUCGUCAUGUUUGGGGGCUCGGCCUGUCCCAAGCCCAUUGGAGACAAGCUGGUGCAGAACGGGGUCCGCCUCGUCUCCCACUAUGGAACCACAGAGACCGGCCAACUGAUGACCUCCUUCCGCGAGCGCGACGAUCUAGACUGGGAUUACGUGCGUCCUGGCCCGUCCCUUUUACCGUAUCUGCGCUGGGAAGAGCAGAUGCCCGGUAUCUACGAGCUGUGCGUCUUAGAAGGCUGGCCCUCCAAAGUCGCCAGCAACCGACCUGACAACUCGUACGCGACCAAAGAUCUCUUCGAGAAGCACCCCACCAAGGCCAACGCGUGGCGCUACUAUGCCCGGUUGGAUGAUACCCUUGUGUUGGAGAAUGGCGAGAAGGCGAACCCGCUGAUCAUCGAGGGCGUGGCGCGGAAUGAUCCCAACGUGGCCGAGGCUAUCGCCUUUGGGGCCAAUAAGCCGAGGCUGGGAUUGUUCCUGAUUCCGUCAGUCAAUAGUCACUGCAAGACCGAAGAUGAACUAAUCGAGACGGUCUUCCCCUCUAUUGAACGCUGCAAUGCUGAACUGCCGGCGUACGCCUACAUCUCCCGAGACAUGAUCCAUGUGCUGCCACCAGACGCGGUGUACAGAAAGACAGACAAGGGAACGGUCAUUCGGUCGGCCUUCUACCGAGACUAUCAGGAGAAGAUUGAUCAGAUAUACGACGCGGAAGAUGCUAGUGGAGACCAGCUUCUUGAAGGCGGCGAGCUCGUAGCCUUCCUCCGACAGCAACUCCUUGCGGUAGCCCCAGCUAUCGAUCCGUCAACUUUGGAAGGCACAACCGAUGUCUUUAGCCUGGGCGUGGACAGCUUGCAGUCGAUCCGGUUGCGGACUACCAUUCUCCGGACACUGGACAUCGGAGGCAACAAACUGUCUCAGAAUUUUGUCUUCGAGCACCCGUCCCUGCAGGCCAUGGCGGACGAGUUGACUCGUCUGCGCUUAGGACAAGGACCGGCAGAGCAAAUCCCCGUCGAGGACCGCAUGGCCGGGUUGAUUGAGAAAUACAGCAGCAACUUCAAGAUCCACGCUUCGGUCCCUCGUGACAGAGAGGGUGAACACAUUGUCGUUACCGGCGCUACUGGUUCCUUGGGCGCCCAUGUUGUCGCUCAGUUAGCUCAGCUGGAACACGUUAAAACCAUCUACUGUCUCGUUCGUGCCAAUUCCCGCGAGACAGCCUUCCGUCGCGUCCACCAAUCACUCCGUACGCGCAAGCUGUCGUACAGUAUGACUCCGGCGGCGGAGCGUAAAAUCGUGGCAUUGCCCGCUGAUCUCUCCAAUCCAAUCCGGCUAGGCCUCGAUGAAGUAAUCUACGACCAUCUCGUGCACGCCGUGACAGCGGUCAUGCACUGCGCGUGGUCGGUCAACUUCAACUGGUCGUUGGAGAGCUUCGAGGCCAGCUGCAUUGCGGGCACUCGUCACUUGCUGGACCUCUGCCUGGAUGCCCGCGGCCCCCGUCCGGCACGGUUUGCCUUUUGCUCAUCGGUGAGCACGGUCGCUCGCACCCCAGGCCAGUGGGUGCCGGAGGCCCUACCUGACACCCUUUCCUGCGCACAGGGAAUGGGAUACGCGCAGUCGAAGCUGGUCACGGAGCACAUUGUGAACCGGGCCGCACAACAGACCGGAAUGACGGCUCGAGUGUUGCGCGUGGGCCAAAUCAUCGCCGACACCAUCCGCGGAAUCUGGAACACAACCGAGGCUAUUCCCAUGAUCUUCCAGACGGCGGAAACCAUCCACGCGCUGCCACAGCUCGAUGAUAUUCUCUCCUGGACCCCCGUGGACGUGAUCGCCACCAGUGUCAUCGAGUUGACCCUGGCUCCGGUUGCCGGUGACGUGGUGAAUGUAACCAACCCAACCCUCAACCACUGGACGCGAGACCUGCUACCUCUGCUACGGCAAGCCGGGCUGGAAUUCGAGGAACUGCCUCCGCGAGGAUGGCUGCAGCGGCUUCGCGACUCAAACCAGGACCCCGACGCCAACCCCCCUAUUAAGCUCCUCGAAUUCUUCGCGAGCAAAUAUGACCACGAUCGACCCAACCGUGCGCUGCUGUAUGACACCAAGCUAGCCGUUGCCGCUGCGCCUGCACUACGCGAGGCAGGUGGACUCACCCCGGAUCUUGUCACCCGAUUCAUUAGAUACUUCCGUACUCACUGCUGGACCACAUCACCGAACGCGAAGACCACCUUGCAACCAGCCCGCGAAGUCAUCAUCCUAACGGGACCAUGUGGCAGCGGCAAAAGCACCGCGGCCCACGCCCUAGCUGAGCAGUUCAACCUCUCCGUAAUCGAGGGCGACGACCUACACUCCCCGGCCGCUCGAGAGAAAAUGGCCAACGGGACCCCGCUGGAGGAUCGCGAUCGAUGGGACUGGCUGGCACAUAUCCGGGGGGCCGUGAUGGAUCGACUACAGCAUUCGACCAUGCUGGGAGUAGCUGUAACAUGCUCUGCGCUGCGCACGGUCUACCGGGAUGAACUGCGACGGUUGUCAGAUUUGCUGGAUUUUCCGGUCGCGGUGACCUUUCUGCUCCUGUCGAUCCGCGAUCGGGAGCAGUUGAAGAAGCGCAUGGUCGAUCGGUCGGCUAUGGAAGAUCAUUACAUGCAGUCGUCGAUGGUGGACUCGCAAUUGGCUAUUUUGGAGGAGCCGAUGCUGUCAGAGGGGGACGUGAUUACGCUGGACGCUGGUCGGGAUAAGGCGGAUAUGUUGGAAGAGGUGAAGGGGGUCGUUCAGGGGAUUCUGCAUCUAUAG